UCAAAUAAAGUUUGGUUUCUGGUUUGUUUUUAAAUUUAAAACAGUUUCAAAAAUAAGGAGAAAAGGUUUUAAAAACAAAACCCUAACCCCUCUGCCAGGCCACAUCUCUUCCCCAGGCCUUUUUCUUCCCCUCCCCGAGCAGCCCAUCUCCUUCCCUCCACCUCUGGCCCAAUCCGGCCCUCUUCCUCCUCAGCCCGUACCCCUUCGCUUUUUCCCUUCCUUGUCGUCUAUCCCAGGACCGAGCACGAGAGAGAGGUGACUGCCUCCCUUUUUCCCCAUGGCGUGACGCCGUGGUCCUCCUCUCCACCGAGCGCCCACCUUCACCUGCUCCCUCCUCCUUUAAAUCCCUCUCCAUGCCUCCUCCAAACCCUAGCGUUCCUCCCUGCCUCGCGCCGCCAGCAUCUCCCUCGUUUCUUCUUCUCCCUCACGAAACAGAGAGAACCACCGGUGCCACCUCACAGCGACAACCAUGGCACCGCCGCUACCGGCCGCCCCUCGCUAAGCCGAAGCCACCAGAAGAUGCGCCUUGUCCCCCUCUUCAUCUUGGUGCAAGGAAUCGAGCCGGGGCUCGCUCAAUCAACGGCAAAUUCGCCGAUUCCUCCUCCGUCUCCGGCGAGAUAGUCCUCAAUUCCGGCCACCCUCGUCCUCCUCCGGCCAAACCGAGCACACCACCGGCUUCCUCAUGUUCAGCCGCAUCUCCGACGCCAUCUCGCUUCCUCUGGUUCGCCCCCAGCCAUCGAAUCCUCCUUUGACCAGAGCUUUCCGCCAUGGAUGUGUAUGUUCCAAAUCUUCACUUCGUUUUGGCUCAAAACGUAGUGUGCCUCGUCAUAAUCAACAUCAGCUACAGCAGUCCAGUGAUCUCGUGGCUGGAUAUGCUUCAGUUUAUGCAGAGCCGUACAAAAAUCAACAAUAUCAGCCCAGCACAGUUGAUCCGCCAACGGGCUUCGACCCAGAUUGAUCCGGCCCAGCAGCACCAGCUCGCCAGGCGCUGCAGCAUUUGCUUCUUCCCGGAUAGGAUCGCGAAGUGGUGCGGUGAGAUACGACAAGUUCUCCGGAUGUUCCUCGGCAAGCUUUAACAGGUAUGAAGAUAUGUUCGAUGAAGACGACGUUAGCAAGGUUACCCUUCCGGCUUGGCACAGGCGGGGUUAUGGACGCCAUCGGUUAUCUUCGGGACUCUUAGUCCAAUUUGUAUCUUGUCCGUACUCGGACGUUAUCGAUCUUCUGUAUGAUUUGGAUCUUUGUAUUGUAUAUUUGUAUCUUGACUCGUUGGAGUCGUUGUUGUAAUAUAUGUAUCUUGUGGGCUCUAUUGUAUA